GAAUUUCUUAAAAUUGCAUUUAAUAUAAUUUUUACUUAUAUCAAGCUCUACCAACUUAAUCCUAUGAAGAUUAAUUUUUUUAUGACGUUAAAACGACAGUCAAGUUGAGAAAAGGAAAUCCUUUUUCGUUGCAAUAUGCUUUUUCAUUUUUUAAACUUAUAUUUAUUUAUGCUUAUUAAAAAAUUCUCGGAAAGAAAUGAUGUUGAUUUGGAAGAAUCUUGCAAUCUCGAAACGGACAGAUUUAACGCGAAUUUAAUUCUUAUCACGUAUAUUCGCUACUCGAUUACUACGACUUGUGGCCAGGAAGUUUGAUAAAACUACCACAUCCUGAAAAGUUAGAAUAAUUCUGAUAUACUCUUUAGCCGCACUAAAUCGCUCGCAUCGUGACGGUUGUGCGGCAACACAAUUGCGCAAUAAUACAGUUACAAGUUCAGAAGAAGAAUUGCAAGUAACACCUUGCGUGCGGGAAUCGAUUUAUUAUCCAUUUCUCUCUCAACACAAUGGAAUACUAACAGGACAGUACGACCGAAGAAAAGUACAACGUACGUACGGGAGAAGAUAGUAAAAUCUGUCGAAUCCACGAAGGUGCGAUGACUACCAAGCUCGCAAUCAAGCACAAAGACUCGCUUGCUCUGAAGGAGAACAGGCUGCACGGAAAGAACUACGUGAUCCACAGGCAGUCCAGUCUAAAGAAAUGCGAGCACCUGUCAUUUCCCUGGACAACCCUGUGCGUGUUCUUGGUUUACUGGCUCGUCCUCUGCCCUCUAAUUUGGGCCAUAUGCUACGUGUUCGCGUACUGGCCUUCAUAUUGGUCCUUCAUCUUCUGGACAGUCGCGUUUCUAAUCUGGAUCGUCAUCAUGUGCGGACUGAUAAUCUUUUGGAGGCGCCUCCAAGUUAAACAAAGCCUGGAGCUCAGCGCGAUCUCCAAGUACGGCUCGGAUAAUGCGAGGAGACCUCUGAGCGUCCACCAGAUAUUGUCUGCAGACGCGGAGUUUCUCGAGAAGGGGCGGAACGAUUCAGAAGCUAAGAAGAGCGACCGAGAAAAUCUCAGGAAGGACCUGCCACCCUUGGUGAUACAUAAGCAGUUAUCUGGCGAAAACAUUGAGGACACCGCUGGAGUGGUACGCUUCGAGGAAGAUGAGAGAGCUCGCUUGAGCACCGUCAGCAGGGACGCCGAGAAGAGUCCCUUGCAGGAUUAUCUGAAGCUGGUGACGGUAUCGCCCUUGGAGGACGAGGUCAAGUCCCCGAAGACGCCUAUGUCGCCGAGAGAGUUAUUCUUCAUCGAUCUGAUCCGCGAAGCGGAGAGGGUCGAGAGCGCCAAGUCGAUGAAGACGAGAACACAUUUCUUCCCGAGUGAAGCGACCGAGAGCGAUAACGCGGACACCGUGACGAGUACAGAGGACGGAGAGAAUAGGACGGAAAAUGUACAGUACAGAGGGAGCGCAAAAAACGUGGAGAACGCGAAGGAUAAGAACGAUUGGGAAGCAGAUGAGCCGAGAUCGAAACGCGAGUCAAGUUACUUCAUAGCCGAAGUGGAGAGUCCGACUAGCGAGAAAACAGAGGUCUUCCUUCAGAUCCUCUCGAGCGAGGGUGAAGAGACGGAACCGAUUGUGGAGAAACCGAUGCUGCUGUUGCAAUCCCUUGAGACGAAUUCGCAAGAAACUUCCACUUCGCCGAGCUAACUAAACCACCAAAGACUGUUGCCUGUGACAAUCAAUUUAAAAGCUCAAGAUAUGUUCUAAGCGAAAAAAAAGGAUUGAAGUUUUUGUUCAAGGAAAAAUUGCCGUAUAAAUAAAGGAUGCCAGAAACGAUAAAA